AUGACUCUGGGGCCUGAUCCCUGCGUCUGGGCGGCUGCCAACAGCGGGGUUCAUGGUCAGGGAGGAAAAUCCCGGCCAGAGGCCAGAGCAGGUGCACCCAGGAACCCCCUCUCCCCACCAGGAGCAGCCUCCCAGCCUUUCAAGGGACUGCCCAAGAGGCCUACUUCUGUCACACCGAAUUCACUACACAGUGAGGCAGCCCGCAUAGAGAGAACACCUGGAGGUAGCGAAGAACAAGAAAAGGAGCAGAUACUCUCAGUAGCCUGCACAGUGCUGCAGGAUGGAGAGAAGGUGAACAACCCUAAGACUUCUUCAGGAGGAAGGUUUCGAGAUUCAACAGAACAAUUUCAGGAAUAUUACAGGCAGAGAUUACGCUAUCAACAGCAUUUGGAACAGAAGGAGCAACAGCAACAGAUAUACCAACAGAUGUUGCUCGAAGGAGGUGUCAAUCAGGAGGAUGGUCCUGAUCAGCAGCAAAAUCUUACUGAACAGUUCCUUAAUAGGUCCAUUCAAAAGCUUGGUGAAUUAAGUAUUGGAAUGGAUAGCCUUGGUAAUGAGGUAUCAGUGCUCAACCAGCAGUGUAAUGGGAGCAAAGGCGAUGGAUCUAAUAGUUCUUCUGUGACUAGUUUUGCUACACCACCCCACGACUGUAGUCAGAGAUUAACACAUGAGACUUCAAAUAUUCACACAAGCACUCCUCGUAAUCCUGGAUCAACAAAUCACAUACCUUUUCUGGAGGAAUCACCUUGUGGAAACCAAAUCUCAUCAGAACAUUCGGUCAUUAAGCCAACUCUUGGAGAUUCUUCAGGGAAUCUAUCAAGGUCAAGAGGGGAAGAGUUGUUUUAUGGGAAAGAGUAA